AUGGAUGAAGAAAGCAUUAACAACAAAGAAGUGGUGGUGGAAUCUAUGGAUGUGAAACAAGAUUCUGGGAAGAAUCAAGAUGAUGGUUUAGAUCACAAAACAUUAUUUAUUCGUUCUAUACCGUUUGAUGCCACUUCUGAAGAAUUGUCAGAAUAUUUUUCACAAUUUGUACCUGUUAAACAUGCUGUCAUAGUCACUGACAAUGAAGGAAAAAGCAGAGGAUUUGGGUUUGUUUCAUUUACUUUGGAUGAAGAUUGUUUGACUGCAUUAGUUGAAAGUAGAAAGACAAAAUUUAAAGACCGUCUUUUGAGGGUUGAUGUUGCCAAAAGAAGGGAUAGAAAACAACAAGAAGGUAGUGAUCGACAAGAAAAGGCUCCCGUGGCACCAAUUGAGAAAAGAAGAGCAAGAUUGAUUAUUCGUAAUUUACCUUGGUCUUGUAAAAAACCCGAUGAGUUGAAAAAAAUCUUCAGUAAAUAUGGUGCUGUAUUUGAUGCAUAUAUUCCCAAGAAAAAAGGUGGACAGAUGUGUGGGUUUGCCUUUGUUAUUAUGAAGAAAAAAUCAGCUGCUGAAAAGGCAGUUGAAGGUUGUCAAGGAUUAAAGAUUAAUGGUAGAGAAGUUGCAGUAGAUUUUGCUGUUGAAAAAUCAAAAUGGGAACAAAUGAAAGAAGAAGAAGAAGAAGAAGACGACGAUGAGAGUGAUGAGGAAGAAGAAGAAGCAGAUUCCACAAACAAAGAUGACAAUGAUCAAAAUGAAGAAGAAGAGGGAGAUGAUGAUGAAUCUGAUAAUGAUGAUGCUAGUUCAGAUUUCGAUGAAUUGAAUGAAGUAAACUCUGACAAAGAAUUGGACGGAUCGGACGAGGAAAUUGAAGAACCAGAGAAAAAGGAAGAGUCACUGCAUCCAAAAAAGAAAAGUAAUAGACAAGAACCAUUUUCAAUUUUUAUACGUAAUAUUCCAUACGAUGCUGAUGCUGAAUCUUUAAAAGAGCAUUUCAGUACAUUUGGAUCUGUGAAAUAUGCUUUACCAGUGGUUGAUAAAGAAACUGGAUUGUCGAAAGGCUCAGCAUUCGUGGCAUUUGCUAAAGAAGACGCUUACUUAGACUGUCUUGAGAACGCUCCAACCGUUGCAUCUACUUCUAUGUUGAUUGCAGACGAUGUGUCUCCAGCAUAUGUAUAUCAAGGUAGAAUUUUGUCAAUCGCUUCAGCUGUUGAUAGAGAUUCGGCUAGUAAAUUAGCUGAUAGAAAUUUGCUAAAGAGAAAAGAAGCUCUAGGUAAAGCACCUGGUGAAAAGGAUAGAAGAAACUUAUUUUUAUUAAAUGAAGGUAGAAUCACUGAAAAUUCAAAACUUGCUCAAUAUAUCUCAAAAACAGAUUUGGAAUUGAGAGAAAAAUCAUACAAAUUGAGAACCCAACAGUUGAAGAAAAAUCCUACUUUACAUUUAUCAUUGACGAGAUUGGCAAUAAGAAACUUGCCUAGAGCUAUGAAUGCUAAGGCAUUAAAAGCCUUGGGAAGAAAAGCGGUUGUUCAAUUUGCUACUGAGGUGAAAGAAAACAAGAGACAGCCACUUUCAAAAGAAGAAGUCAACAGAUCUGUCAAAUUUAAACAGUCAAUUAAUGGAGGUGAGGUUGAGGAAGAGAUUGCUAAGUCAAAGAAUUCAAAACAUAAAGGUGUUGUCAAGCAGGCCAAAGUUAUCAUGGAAGUCAAAGGAUCAGGUGAAACCGGUCGUAGUAGAGGUUAUGGUUUUAUAGAGUUUAGAGAUCAUAAAGCUGCUUUAAUGGGAUUGAGAUGGUUAAAUGCUCACGAAGUGUCCAUACCCGAAAUUUUGGAAGGUUUGACAGAAGAAGAAAAGAAGCUAGCUGAGUUAGAGGGUUUAAACAAAAGAAGACUAAUUGUUGAAUUUGCUAUUGAGAAUGCUCAAGUUGUUAAAAGGAGAAGAGAGAAAGAAAUGAUUGCUCGUAACCAGAAUAAAGAAAAUAGCAAAAAAAGAAAAAGAGAUGAUGAAGACAACGAUGAAACAGAACGUACUUCAAAGGGUAAAAAAUCUGGGGCAUCAUCUGAUAGGAAACAAAAGAAAGCUAGAAAGGGUUCUCAAAAGAAAGGUAACAUGAAUAAAGGUGCACCAAAAUCAGAGGAGCUGCAAAAAGAACUGACAAAUAAAUCUGGUCUUUCAGAAAACGUGAAAAAGAUCAUUGGUUUAAAAAGAAAGAGAAGAAAGUCAAAGAAGUAA